AAAUCCAGACCACAUUUUCCUCGCAGCCCUUCUGUAGGCAUGUAGCCUGGGAUUCAGGCAGCACACGGGAGAAUGUCUCUGUACAGAAAUAACCAGCUAAGAGAAAUGGGAGCACAGGAGAGAGCAGCUUCUUCUUCUAGCACAAGCAGAAAGCUUCCCCAGCUGCAGCAGCACCAGGACCAAAGAAGCACCAUCACCAUCACCUGAGACUCUGCUUCCUUCCAUGGACUGUAUAUUGGGGGGAGAGCUUCUGCUGCUGCUGCUGGAGCCUGACAAGAGUGGGAUGUGAUGGGAGGAAUCAGAUCCUAAGACCGUUACUGCUGCUGCUGUGCUUAGGUUGGAAUCAGGAGUUCAGGGAAGUGCGGUCAGCAAAGCUUUGCCGCAUUGUCAAUUCCCUCUGCAAUAUUCUCUUCCCACAUUCACACUUGUCCUUCUGUGCUGUGAUGAAGACUGAUACUGACUUAUAUGCCUGACUAUCACUUGCUAGUUACUAUGUGUCCUCUGCAAAUAUAUUGCAGCUAGGGAAUCUUCAUAUGUAAGAACACUUGUCAUUAUUAUCAUUUUUAUUAACAGUUGCAUUUACCUUGCUGCAGCCAAUGAGUAACUUUACAGGCUAAUGUAUUUUUUAAGACUCUGGUGACGUGUGUGGCUUUUGCUUUGCAUCUAUCUGCAGUGAAAAUAUUUAAUAGGAUUCCAAUGUUGUGCUUAAAAUGUCUCUAUUCAUCCACAUUGCUGCUGUAUAGUACUGGAUAUUACUGAAGUCCAACUUGUGUUUUGACUGCUUCUCACUGGACCUUGUAAGUAAAUAAUUAAAAUCUCUGGACAUUUGUUGGACUCAGCCAGGCACAAUUAAGAUACAUAUGCUACAGUGGCAACAAUUCCCAUAUGGAAUACUGAUUGGCUUCUAUCCAUCAUCUGGAUAUAAUACAUAGCAAACUAUCUUAGGGGAAUUCUGCAUGCUGGGAAGUUCCAGAUUGUUACCCAGUUUGCAAUUGCUCAUUGUAUCGCCUCCUGGACAUGCUGAAGGUACAGGUUCUCCUCUACAAAUGUUUUUACAGGCACCUGUAAAAACACUGCACUUUGAUUGGUCGGGCAUUUUUGGAUUCAAGAUCUGAAGUCAAUUCCCUCUAUCAAAUUGUGUUCUUCCCUCUGUUGUCAUCAGUAGUAUUGAGAAGUUUUUGUUGUCACCGGUCACACUAGUUCUGAAUAUCUCUACUUGGAAUUUAGCAUUUUUAUUUUUACAGGGAUGUUUAACUGCUUCCAAACCAAUUUAGACUUUGGCAAAAAUUUCAGAUAUUCAAAGAAAAACUGAAGACUCAAGAUUGUGGAGGUUGAUGGCUUCUCUGAGAAGAGUUAAAAUCUUGUUGGUGUUGAACCUGAUAGCUGUUGCUGGAUUUGUUCUGUUUUUGGCUAAGUGUAGACCAAUUACUGUGAAAGGUGGUGAGUCCUUCCAUGAGAUCCAUCCAAGGGCAGAGGUGACUAACUUUACCACUCAUGUGGUCAGCCCUAUCCAGGAAGCAGUGCUGAAACGGCUCUCCCUAUUAGAGGACAUAGUCUACAGACAACUCAAUGGUUUAUCCAAAUCACUUGGUCUUAUUGAAGGAUAUGGUGGACGGGGAAAAGGUGGACUUCCAGCGACACUUACUCCUGAUGAAGAAGAAAAAGCUAAAGGACCACAUGAAAAAUAUGGCUACAACUCCUACCUCAGUGAGAAAAUUUCACUGGAUCGUGCUAUACCAGACUAUAGACCAACAAAGUGCAAGACGUUAAAAUACCCUAAGGAACUUCCUCAGAUUUCAAUAAUUUUCAUCUUUGUAAACGAAGCCUUGUCAGUGAUUCUCCGAUCAGUACACAGUGCAGUGAAUCACACACCUGUGCAUCUUCUAAAGGAAAUUAUCCUAGUGGAUGACAACAGUGAUGAAGAGGAGCUUAAAGGACCGUUAGAAGAAUAUGUUCACAAGAGAUAUCCUGGGUUGGUGAAAGUAGUCAGGAAUCAUAAAAGAGAGGGCUUGAUUCGUGCUCGGAUAGAAGGCUGGAAAGUUGCCACUGGACAAAUCACUGGAUUUUUUGAUGCACACGUUGAAUUUACUGCUGGCUGGGCUGAGCCAGUUCUGUCUCGGAUACAGGAAAACCGGAGAAGAGUAAUUUUGCCUUCAAUAGACAACAUCAAACAGGACACAUUUGAAGUACAGAGAUAUGAAAAUUCAGCUCAUGGAUACAGUUGGGAACUUUGGUGCAUGUAUAUAAGUCCUCCUAAAGACUGGUGGGAUGCUGGGGAUCCAUCUUUGCCUAUAAGAACACCUGCCAUGAUUGGCUGCUCUUUUGUUGUGAAUAGACUGUUCUUUGGGGAGAUUGGCCUACUGGAUCCCGGAAUGGAUGUAUAUGGGGGAGAAAACAUUGAACUCGGUAUAAAGGUGUGGCUGUGUGGCGGAAGCAUGGAAGUCCUCCCGUGUUCACGAGUAGCCCACAUAGAGCGCAAAAGAAAACCAUAUAAUAAUAAUAUUGAUUUCUACACAAAGAGAAAUGCUUUACGGGUUGCUGAGGUUUGGAUGGACGAUUACAAAUCACACGUUUAUAUUGCAUGGAAUUUACCAUUAGAGAACCCAGGAAUUGACAUUGGUGACAUAUCAGAAAGAAUAUCUUUAAGGAAAAGCUUGAAGUGCAAGAACUUUCAGUGGUACUUAGAUAACGUGUAUCCAGAAAUGAGAAGAUACAAUAACACUGUUGCUUAUGGAGAGCUGCGGAACAACAAAGCGAAAGAUGUUUGUCUAGACCAAGGCCCACAGGAGAAUCAUACAGCUAUAAUGUACCCGUGCCAUGGAUGGGGCCCUCAGCUUGGGAGAUAUACAAAAGAAGGAUACCUCCAUAUUGGUACUCUAGGGAGUACAAUUCUCUUACCUGAUACCCGCUGCUUGGUGGAUAACAAAAAAAGUAAAUUUCCCCAACUGAUGGAUUGUGAUAAAGUAAAAAGCACACUCCACAAACGCUGGAGUUUUAUACAGAAUGGCGCAAUAAUGAAUAAAGGUACAGGACGUUGCCUAGAGGUUGAAGGCAGAGGUAAUGCGGGGACUGAUUUGAUCCUUCGGAGCUGCACCGGACAAAGAUGGACUAUUAAGAACUUCAUUAAAUAGCAACUGUAAACACAGUUAUAGUGUCCUACUGUCAUUUGGAGAUAUUGGAUACAACAUCAUCUCUUCUUUAUGAGAUAUUUCUAGAGACUUAACCAAGAACCAAACAUUGGAGAAAAGUCAUGUAUUCUUAUACUACAGAGCGGGUCAGAACUUUUAAUUUAACAGCAACCAUUGAAUCUAUUCUUGGGGACAUUAAAAGGCCAGUAUAGAAUCAUCCACUCUGCAUGCAUGAUGGUUAGUUUAAAUGAAUUCUAAGCAUUCUAGGCUUGCAUUUAUUACAGCCCCUUUUAAAUAUCAGCACAAAGAAAAGAUAAAUACAGUUUUCUCUUUCUGUUCAUAUGAAAGUAAAUUUAAUCAUGAAACAUUAGAUUGUAUGUUUCUAAACAAAUUAUUAGCACCUCCUGAAAUGUUCUAACCAUGGAUGGUGAAACCAGAAUAAGUAAUGCACAAGUGGUCUUAUAAAUCACAAAUGCAAUACUUAUCUGCAAUUAUGCUGUUUAAAGAUCAGCAAUUCAUUAUUAUAAUGGCACAAUUCAUGCACAAAACAUGGCAAGAAAGUAUUUUAUGUUUAUAAAUCAUUCUAUUUUUAUUAUACAGUUACACUGUGUGACUACUGUUACAAGUUCAAUGAAAAUGUGAAAAAGCUCAAUCAAUGUGUGCUCUUAAUUAAAUAAAUAUGGAGGCAGUAAUUGUUAUAAAGAUACACCAACUCAUCUUUAUACUGUAGGGAACUGUGCAAAUGUAAUUUAAUAUGCAAUGAAACAUUAAAAAUAUCCAAAAGGUAUUACACAUUUCAAACUGGGAUGUGGUUGUACUUGGACAGAAUUAUGUUUAGCUCUGCCACCUAUUAUGUCGUAAUAUAUAUAUAUAUAUAUAUAUAUAUAUAUAUAUAUAUUCAUGUAGCACAUCAUUAAAGCCACUCACAAGUGUCCAGAACACUUGGACACUUGUGAGCAGCUGUAAUGAUGUAGGUAGUCUAUGUAUGUAUGGUCUGGAUAGAGACCAAAGUCAACUGGCAUGUAAUGUGUGGCAUCACUGAGAAGUAUUGGCAAUAUAAAUAGCGCAGUGCGCGUAGCACGCCACCGUGCCUGCAGCUUGGCAAGCACAGCGAGCCUGCAAGGGGCUCUUUUGCACUGGCCCCACUGCCAUUCCGGCAGUCAAGAUCCCGGCACCAGUAUGCUGGGCGCCGGAAUCCCGACAGCCGGGAUAUCGUAGUAGAUAUAUAUCUAUCUAUCUAUAUAUAUAUAUAUAUAUAUAUAUAUAAAUAGUAAAUAGAAUAUAGAAGGCACUCAGAGAC